CUCACUGUCAAGUGUCAAGUCAGAAGUCAGAUCAGAACAGAACAGUGUGUCUGUGGUGUAGUUGAGGCUUCUGCUAAAAGUCUAUGUAAUCAAUUAUUGCAAAGAAACGAUAAAUUGUAUACAAGGUGUUCAAUCAAUUUCCAGACAGGGCCGAAUUAUUAUAUGAGUCUGUGACAUUAAAAUGAAACUCGCGGAGUAUUUGCUAUUUUUUACUAUUUAUUUGCUAAGUUUAAACAUUCUGAAACAUUAACUUGCUCCUAGUUUGUAGUGUUUUUCUUAUAAUGAUCUAAAUAAAUAUAUAAUGUUAGUUUCAGGAUUCUAUAGAACUAGUGGAAUGUACAAAGUAAAGUUAAUAUUAUUUUGUAUCACAAUCACGUUCCUUAUUGGUUGUUUUUUAGCAAUAUCAUCACUUCCAUCAGAAGAAUGCACAUGUAAGCGUGAAGCUCUGUCUUACACUCAAACUGAGGACUCGAGACAUAAACUUGGCAUAGUAGUCCCAUUCCGAGAGAGGUUUGAGGAAUUGCUUGAAUUUGCCCCUCACAUCCACGAUUUUCUCAACAAGCAAAGUAUUAACCACAAGAUUUACAUUAUAAAUCAGGUGGACCAAUACCGGUUCAAUAGGGCAUCACUGAUUAAUGUGGGGUUCAACAUAGCAGUGUCAGAAGGUUGUGAUUACAUAGCUAUGCACGAUGUGGACUUGUUGCCGCUCAACCCCGGAUUAUCGUACUCAUACCCUUCUGUAGGACUGUUUCAUGUCGCCUCACCGGAACUGCACCCUCGCUACCACUAUCCUACAUUUGUCGGUGGAAUCUUGCUUGUCAAAAGGGAAGAUUUUGAAGCAGUGAAUGGAAUGAGCAAUAAGUACUGGGGCUGGGGACUAGAAGACGAUGAGUUUUACGUUAGAUUGAAGGAGGCUGGCAUCAAUGUAUCAAGACCACUCAACAUUACGACUGGAAUUGAGAAUACUUUCAGACACAUGCAUGACCGUGUAGUGAGGAAGAGAGACAUGGCGAAGUGUUUCAACCAGCGUGAGGUCACGCGGCGUCGUGAUCGGCAAACAGGACUGCGUGACGUUGCAUAUUCAGUGCAAGGUCGGCGUACUGUCGUGGUGGACCAUGCACCAGUGACAGUUGUGAAUGUUGCGCUGCGCUGUAAUCGUACCAUCACGCCAUGGUGUCUGUGUAGUGAGGAAAAGAAAGCGAGCACGUCAAAUCUCGCCAAGACCAAAACGAGCAAGAAGGAACCGGCCAGGUGACCCAAGGCCAAGCACUAAAAUGGUGCUCAAACUUUACUAGUCAUGGUAUUUAACCCCAAUUGACAGAAGGACUGGAGAAAUACUUUAAGAAUGUGCCAAAUGUGUCUGUAGAGGAGUUAGGAUGUUAAUGUAAAUGUCUUUAGAAGUGCGCAGUGCUUAUAAUUUUGAUUUUAUAUGUGAAUUAACAAGAUGGAUCAAUUUCCUUAUUGAAGGCUCUCCUUUAAUAUUGCAUGUGCUGUUGUAAAAUUUGGCUUUAUUGUUAUAGAAGUGUUUAGCUACGACUGAAUAUCGUCAAAUUCUGACAAUAAUCUAAACUAGAUCUUCAACAAAUUGUUGUUAAUUUUUCACAUUACAACGAGUCAUUUUCACAUGAUCCUAUAAAAAUAUAUUUUGUUAAAUAUUCAGUGAAGGAUAAAGUCAAACUAUGUCUGUUUAGUUUUAUGAAAACUUAAAAAUAUUGCUGUGAAAACCCUAGCUGUAUUUUCUUGUAAUUACAAUCACACAAUAUAGAAGCACAAUAUUACAGUUUUUAAAUAUACUGUAAACUUGUAAAUAAGUUUAAAUGACUAUUUAUGGGCUUGUAAUAAUGAUGACUCACAUAGUAUACUAUAAUUUUACUGUGGUGAACAAAACAAACUCAGUUCUCUUUAUUUUCUUCUAUUAUUUUAUAAAAGAAAACUCACAAUUAUCCAAUAAUUUUAAUAUUUUCACACAAGGUCUUUCGACAUCAAAGAUGUCCUCGUCAGGUGUGAGUCAACAAUUCGAAAUAGUAUAAAUAUUUUACAAUUUAAAACCAUUAUAAGCUGAGUAAAACUUAAUACAAGGUUUGUAUAGUUAAGAGCAAAAUAAAAUAAAUAUUAAUAUAUGUAUAAAAGUUUGGGUCAUAAAGAAUUUAGUUAUAUUUUAAACGAAUGGUGAAUUUUGAAUUGGUUAAAAAAUUAGUUGUCUUCUUUAUGAUUUAAAAAGAAUACAGUGAUAAAUUAUGAAAAUACAGUAAAAAGAUAGGUACUUAAGUAUUUUUGGAUGUUGUUGGUGAAAAUAUUUGUUGUACUAUAGAGUGUUUUAAUAAUUUUGUAAAACAUAAUCUCCUUUAUUAAGGACUUUAUACAAGUCCUUAAUUUUAGACAAUAGACAUUUCAUAAAAUUUCAAUACUUGCUUCAGACUAUUGUAAUAUAUUUUUAAGGAUUCAACAGAUCCUUCUUAAAAUCUUGUCAUGUCUGUCUAUAUGUGCGAUCUUCUGAUAGAAAAGUCCUUGGGACUUGAAAUUUGGUUCAUCAGUUCCUCUUGUUGCAAGGAAGAACUCUAUUGAUUUUGGGGUCAAAAGUUCAAAGGGCUAUGCAGCUAUUUGGGGUGCAAAGCACACAGUAAAGCAAGCAGUUGGUGUUGCGAGUGCCAGAUAGAAUGUGCUUGUAGUAGCCAGACUAGACUAGACUUUUGUUACGUUCUUUCGGGUUCUCCAAUAUUCCAUUGUAUUGGUUUAUUUAUUAAUUGAUAUUAUUAAUUAACGUGUUUGUGAGCGUAUGCAUGAGUGUGUGUGAGUUUAUAUAACUUUGCAUUAAAAAAAUUGCAUACUCCCAAUUGUAAAAAUUUAAUAAAAAUGUAAAUUUUUUAAAACAAUAUCUCAUGAUUAUCAGAGUCCAACUGAACCUCCGGAUUAACCAAGCUAAUCUUUCGGAAUAAAAAUAUUUUAAAAAACUUUAGAACUGUAGAUUAAUAACCUGAAUAGUUUUGUAUAGCUAUAAAUGAGUUAUGUACCAAGCGAACUAUACUAUUCUAUCAGUCUAUGUUAUUAUUAAUUUAAUUAAAUUAAUUUCUGUUGAAAAAAACAGAAUCAUGACACCAUAAUUAAAAAACUAUCCUUUCAUGGAAUGGUUAUUGAUGUCAAUAGAAUAAUUACUUAUGCUGAAUGAUAAUUUUGGAAGAUCUUUUGUUAAUAUAUAUCAUUCUGUUCACAUUUUUAUAAAAUUCAAACAUCUUAAAUCUCUUAUUCAGAUAAUGUGUGUAAAAUGUUUUACCUUUUUCCUUUGGAGUAAAUGGCAAAUUGAAAUCAUGUUUGUAAUAUUUAAUAAAGGCCUUUUGUGUAAUAGUUGGUCGUUGAGUGUACAAUUCUUGCUUACACUGGACUUAUGCGAUUACAUUCUGAGGUAAUGUUAAAUAUUUUUGCUAUGUUCCUAUGAUUUCAUGCUUGUAAGUACAUAAUACAAGUUGGUUGUACAAGUAUGUGUUCUAGACUGAUUAUUGAAAAUAAACCGAACAUAUUAGAUUUUAAAUGAGAUGAUUUGUUUAUUUAAAUUAUUUGUGAAAUUGUUAGUUAUACUUGUUAUUUGCUAGUUAAAGUUGUAUUAUUGACUGUUUGUUAAUAAUUUGUGUUGUGAUAAUUUUUAACCCUAGAUCAGCCUUAGGAAAUGUGGUUGCUAUUAGUAACAAAUCAAUAAUUUGUUCAUAUCUUUCCAAAUCUGGAUACUUAGAAAACCCAUAAAUAUAUCAAUAAAAAAAGACAAAAACCUGACAUUUAAGUUAUAAUACAGUUUUUUCAAUUAUGUAUUUUUUAUUCAUAUCAAAAACAUUUCCCUAUAUUAUGUAAUAUAAAUAAAAUUUUUAUGAAUACAAACAAAAAUGUUUACAAAAUGGCCAGUAAGCGGUUGGUUAUAAGAUGUUACACAAGAUCUGAUCUUGAGUUAUUGCUCAACUAAUUUGUAUAUGUGACAUCAUAAGAAAAGGAAUCAAACACAUAAUUCAAAACAACACUAAUAGAUGCAAUGUUUUUGGCCAUUAAUGUAUGGGUUUGAUAUAAUUUAAUCCCAUUAUCUAUUCUCAGUAGCUCACCAUCAGUAAUUAUUUUGGAGUUGAUUAUUUUUACAGGAGGCCAAUCUCUUUUUAUGCACUAGUUUGGUAUUAAUACAUGUGGGAACUCAAUAUCCGUAGUAAGAGAGACUGUACUGACAACUUGGUUAGGUGCAGGAAAAUGUCAGAAUUCAUGUUAUUUUUAAUAACCCAGAAGUCGAGUGCCAAUUUGCAUCCUAUAAGCACACAACCUGGAUUUUAUUGAAAUCGAUAGAGAAAUUCCCCCUAAGAAAGAAAUUGAUUGUCAGCCGCACUGGUUGUGAUGAAGUCGAAAUGGGAAGGUAUCGAAAGGGUUAAAAAUAUGAAAUUAUUUUUCCUCAGAUCAUAUUUUUCUUAACUUGACACAUUUACUACCAACCAUCAGAAACAUUAAUACGUGUUAAAUCAAAGUUAAUUAACCUUAUACAGACCCUUAAAGCGAUGACUUUUAGUUCCUUCAUCUAGUUUUCUGAUAGUAUUUGUUGAGCCAAGAAGGUACAAACUUUGUAGGCUAUACUGACAGUUUGGUGCAGCUGGUACAACAUAGCUAGUUCUUAAUCUGCAUACAGCCACAAUGUGUUAACACAGACCUUACAAGUCAUCUUCUUCUCCAUAUAUCUUCUUAAGGAAGAAAAUAAGUAACAAUCCAAUAAUUGCCACGCCUAGCAUGUUGAGAGGUAUAAUAUUAUAAUGUUUUAUAACUAUGUAUUAUUGUAGUGGACAUAUCUUGUUUGCUUCCUUUUCGGUGGUGAUACUUAUGCAGUAUUUAUUAACUUAUAUGAACAAAGUAACAUAAUUACAGAAUUGAGACAAAAAUGUGUAAUAUGAUGUGUCUUAGUCAGUGUUUGUGAAGUCUUCCACGGAUGGUUAUAAUUGAGAAAGUUUUUUAUGUAUGUCUGGCUUUUUGUUAUAAAAUACUCAUAUUAUAUGUUUUGUCUAUAAAGCUUACGAUUGUUAUACUUAAUCUUCUCUGUUGUGUUUAGUUUAUAAGAUGUUUUUGUUAAUGUAUGACUUUUGUGAAAUAUUUUAAAUUUAAAUAAUGUAAUAUAAUCUUGUUCAUGUUGUUCUGUAAAUAACAAUGAGACUUUUGUUGCUCUUGUAAAUACUGUUUAUUUAAAUCAGUUAUAUGGUUUAUUUAAUAAAUAUAUGUGUUUUAUCAAACUGGA